AGCUGAAAAAAGAAAAAGAAGUCACAAGUUGAAAAACGCGAGUCGCAAGUGCAGGAGUAGUUCUGUUCGUCGUGAGUAAAUUUGUCGCUGAAAUUGCCCAAAACUUUUAAAAAGAGGAACAAACGGCAAUCAUGUCUACUGUCGCAAGUGCACUGUCCUUAGCAGGAACCCGAACAUCUGGUGCGCCGGUUCGUACGCAGAAUGUGAUGGCUGCAUCGUCGAUUGCAAACAUUGUCAAAUCCUCGCUGGGUCCUGUCGGGUUAGAUAAAAUGUUGGUCGAUGAUAUCGGAGAUGUCACGGUAACCAAUGAUGGUGCUACCAUACUCCGUCUGCUGGAGGUGGAACACCCAGCCGCGAAGGUACUUUGUGAGUUGGCUCAAUUGCAGGAUGAUGAAGUCGGUGAUGGAACCACAUCUGUUGUCAUUAUUGCUGCGGAACUAUUGAAAAAUGCCGACGAGUUGGUUAAGCAGAAGAUUCAUCCGACGUCAAUCAUCGCCGGUUACAGGCUGGCAUGUAAGGAGGCAUGCAAAUACAUCUCUGAACAUUUAACUGCUCCAGUAGAUGAACUUGGCCGCGAGUCGCUGGUGAAUGUUGCCAAAACAUCGAUGAGUUCGAAGAUUAUUGGAGCCGAUGCCGAUUUCUUCUCCGCGAUGGUGGUGGACGCAGCGCAGGCUGUAAAAAUUACCGACCCCAGAGGAAAUGCGAUGUAUCCUAUCAAGGCGGUUAAUGUGUUGAAGGCUCACGGCAAGUCAGCCCGGGAGAGCGUUUUAGUGCAAGGGUAUGCACUGAAUUGCACAAUUGCUUCGCAGCAAAUGCCCAAGAAAGUAAUCAACGCGAAGAUUGCUUGUCUAGAUUUUUCGCUGCAGAAAACCAAAAUGAAGAUGGGCGUUCAGGUUCUCAUUACUGACCCUGAGAAACUGGAAGGCAUUCGCGCACGCGAGUUGGACAUUACCAAGGAGAAGAUCGAAAAGAUCCUGGCUACCGGCGUGAACGUCGUGCUGUGCAGCGGUGGAAUCGAUGAUCUGUGCCUAAAAUAUUUCGUUGAAGCGGGAGCUAUGGCGGUGCGCCGUGUGAAGAAAUCCGACCUGAAACGGAUUGCCAAGGCGACAGGGGCUGCAUUUUUGACUUCAUUGACCAACAUGGAUGGUGAGGAAAGUUUCGAAGCGAGCUACGUUGGCGAGGCUGCUGAAGUAGUACAGGAGUUUAUUUGCGACGAUGAACUGAUCCUAAUACGGGGUCCAAAAGCACGUACCGCUGCUUCCAUAAUUUUGCGUGGUCCAAAUGAUUUCUAUUGCGAUGAAAUGGAACGCUCUGUACAUGAUGCUUUGUGUGUAACGAAACGAGUGUUGGAAGGUAAAAAAGUUGUGGCCGGUGGUGGUUGUGUUGAAGCAGCGCUUUCGAUUUAUCUGGAAAACUUUGCCACAUCAUUGAGCUCUCGCGAGCAACUGGCGAUUGCAGAGUUUGCUAAAUCACUGCUAGUCAUUCCUAAAACGCUGGCGGUGAAUGCGGCAAAAGAUGCUACCGAUUUGGUCGCUAAGCUACGAGCAUAUCACAACUCGAGCCAGACCAAGCUUGAUCAUGCGCAUCUCAAAUGGUAUGGUCUGGAUUUGAUCGAGGGAAUUGUGAAGGAUAACAAAAAAGCGGGAGUGCUUGAACCGGCUAUGUCCAAAAUUAAAUCACUGAAAUUCGCAACCGAAGCAGCGAUAACCAUUCUGCGUAUCGAUGAUAUGAUCAAACUUAACCCCGAGGAUAAACCGGGCAAGAACUACGGUGACGCUUACGCCGCCGGCGAGUUGGAUGGAUAAAUACUAACGUUUAUGUAAGCUUUCGAUUCACCUGUCUCACCCGUUUGCUUCCUGCAUUUAGCAGAAUCUACAGCCGCGGUUUCUUUCAUUUAUUAUAUUUAACAUAAGCUGUCUCACGAAACCACAGAGAUGCGGACAGCGCGCCAGGUAUUAGCUGCACCGUUCAUCUGAUUUAAGUUUGUGAUUGCUUUUGAUCAUAACAAGGCACCAAUUCUGGCGCAUUAACACCCAAAAAAAACGAUAUUGU